UGUGAAGAAACUUUCAAUACAGAGCUUGGAUUACUGCUGUGCUCCUUCUUUCUGUCCUGAAUUACCAAGACCAUGAUGAAGCCUCAAUGCCUACAGUAAUUCAAGAACUAAUUUCUAAGUAGAAAACUCUGAAAACGUACUUGUCUAAUCUCGGUUCAUUAUGUUUCAAAAGAAAGGAAAUCGCACAAAUCUACGAAGGUCGUCCAGCAGCUGCUCCAUUACUGGCCACUAAUUACCAUUUCUUAAAUUACUGGUAGCUUCUUAGUGGCUUUCAGAGUGCUGUUUUUAUGGGACUUUUUAACACCAUGUACUAUAAAAUAGACUCCUGCAGCUGCACCUUGUUCAGGGCUUAAAGUGCUCACCAAUAUGACCUGUGUUUGGGGCAUUGCAAGCUUUCUUGUGGGAUUUUUGCACCUCCUUCAAGCAUUUGCCUACGAUGGUGGGAGUGUUAAGGGAGUGACGCAGAGUGAGUUAGAACAGAGGAUCAGAUCGGCUGCAAACCUUGAAGAGCUGCUACGCAUCACUCAUCCCAGAGAGUUGAAGUUAUGGAGAUGUCGGUCAAAACUUAAGUCCUACAUCAGCACUGACACCAGGUCAGGGCCCCACCGCUCAACCAGAUUUGCUGCAGCAUUCUAUGACAUUGAAAUACUAAAAGCUAUUGAUGAGGAGUGGCAGAAGACGCAGUGCAUGCCCAGAGAAACCUGUGUGGAUGUGGGAAAGGACCUCGGCACAGCUACCAGCACAUUCUUCAAGCCGCCCUGUGUCUCGGUGUACAGAUGCGGAGGUUGCUGUAAUGAAGAGGGUGUCACUUGCUUGAAUACCACCACUUCUUAUGUCCUGAAAACGGUUUUUCAAAUAUCUGUGCCUUUGACUCAAGCACCAGAACCUGUAACUAUCAAGGUUGCCAAUCACACAAGCUGCAAAUGUUCACCCAGCGGCUCCCGUCAUCCACCGACCAUCAUUCGUAGAUCCGUGCGCUAUCCAGAAUAUGGUUGUUUUCAAGAAAAUAGAUAUUGUCCUUCUGGUUUCCAGUGGAACAGUACCAAGUGUGAGUGUGUGCUAGAAAAGGAUACACCACUUAUCAGAAGAAGGGAAGAGUUGGCCUUAUGCGGCGCACACAUGGAGUUUGAAGACAAUUGUGAAUGUGUGUGCAAGCUGAAAUGUCCCGGAAACCUCGUGCUGAAUAAAGAGAACUGUACCUGUAGUGAAUGCAGUGAAAGUCUGGAUAGCUGCUGUGAAAAGAGGAAAAUAUUUCACCCAGAAACCUGCAGCUGUAAAGACGAUUGCCCAUUCCAAGCCAAAGUGUGCCCAGGUGGUAGAAGAGCCUGUGCUAAACAGUGCCCCUGCCUCAGAAGAGGACUUAACCUCAGAGACAAUCCAUAAGUAGAAGGCAUCACAGUUCAAGAUCUCAGAGGACAAUUCAGAGCAUUACUACGGGGAGAACAUUCAUAUAUCUAUAUCUACUGUUAUUAAGGUGGACAAUGAUGUCUGAGGAUAAAUAAUUGCAGUACAGACAACGGUCCAAUGGAUUUCUGCUGUGAUGGAUGUAAAUGAACCACCAAAACCAGCUCUUUGAAGCCACCUACACUCAGGCAAUCCUUGCUGAUCAGUGUGAUCACUUCAUCCAAACCUGAGACUUAUUAAAAGCAAUGGUGGACUGACUAUCUGGACUGAACUUAUAGUUGGUCAGUGACAGGCGAGGAUUGGCCAUAGACCCUACAGAAAAAUUUCUUGGUAAGUCGAUGCCUAGGAGGGCCAACAGUCCUCCUGAAUUCAACUGUAUUGACGUCCUCAGGACAGCUAUAUCGUUGAAAACUGUGGCACAGGUGGCAGUAUUUUGUGCUGCACUGUGGUAUUUGGUUCAGCUGAGGAGGUAUAUUGCUCUGCCCUAUGGUUUUGCUGGCCCUCCUGCUUCUGUUGCCCCUGCCUUAUUAUGUUGCCUCCUUUCGGUAUGGACCCGCCUGCAACAUGGGGCCUCUUUUAAUUUUUUUUCCUGGGCCACUUUUAGUUCCCAGUCCUACAACUCUUGACCUUAAGGCAGAAUCAACCACUGUCUGGGAAGCUUAAACUAUAUGUUUGCUGGAAGCAAGAUAUCUCAAGAUAUGUGGAUAAGAACAAUGUGGAUGGAAGUCAUCACCAGUCAAACCUUAACCCUAAGUUCACACCUGAGCGUUUUACAGCGCAUUCAAACGCGCUGUAAAACGCUCAACACGUGAAAACCAAUGCUUUCCUAUGGCCCUGGUUCACACUUGAGCGUUUUACAGCGCGU